AGUUUGAGAAGUAUUGGGGUAGAAUGGGGAGCCGCAUUUUGGAGCCUUCACCUGGGGAGUGAGUGUGGACGCAUGAGCCAGUUCCCAGAUCAUGGUACCCUUUUAUGUGUAGCCCUGUUAAUACCCUAAAAAACAGCUUUAGGAACAUUCUUACACUGCGGUUAAAAAGACAAGACAAUACGUAUUUUGUUUUCCUUGCCUGUUAUAGACUGUCUUCUGUUAUAUCAUCUUUUCUACUUUUAAAAUAUUUUGAUGAAAUGUAACCCUCUUUUGCUCAAAUCUUCUAUUUCCUAUGCAGCAAAAUUGGAAUUAAUUACUGGAGCAUUUCAGCCAGAUAUCCUUAAGUGCUAAGAACCUAGUGCUCAGAAUAUCAUUUUUAAGUCUUAAACCUUGGUAAAAAUUAAACUGUAUCCCACAUGCUAAUUAGGGAGGCAAGAGGGCAGCUGUUGAGAUCCAGGGGGAGACUUCUUUAAAAGAGAAAUGACAAAGUAAAAAAGGAGUUAAAAAAAAACCUUCUAAUAAAUUUUGCGUGUGCCGCAAUGUGAAUUAUGCAAAAAAGGAUAGGCCUAGGAGAAAAUUGACUUAGGUUUUGAAGACUUGCUUCAUGACUGAGCCAUUUGGUGACCUUGAUGAACCACUAAGAACUGGCCUUUCAUUCUGUCUCCAGAAAAUGCUGGUUUUAGAAGGAUGCAAAAAUUAAGAGGUUGGAGAACCCAAUCUUCAAAAUACUGCCCAAGCUGAGAAUUCAGUUCUUGGUAAAAAGGACAGUAUGUAAAAUUGCAUUUUUUCCUUUAAAUUCCUUGGAGGAAAUGUGGGUAGUAUUAGACAGAGGACAAGGCUUGGCGGGUAGUAUUAGAUGGAGGAAAAGGCUUGGCGCGGCAUUGUCUUUGCACCUCCUACCUGUUCUUAAGACCUGAGACCUACUGGAGGUAAUUCACCUCGCGUUCAGGUUCUUGGACAGACUCCCCAUGCUGUCCAAGGUGGGAUUUGUCACCCUCAGCACUGUCAUUUCUUUCAGGCUAUGUUCUUAGAACCUAUUCACCUGAUCAUUACAUUAGUCCUUGGCCUUCUGGCUAAGAUCAAGUGAAGAAUUGGAGAAUCAAAGCAUCUAUGUUUAAAAAUUUAUAUGUAAUUCAGAAACAGAUAUGAAAACUUAGGUAUCGAGUUUAGGGGAAUAAAGCACAGAAAAAUAAUUAAAUAAUGCAAAGCUUUAUUAUCUAGGAUUCAGAAACUUUAUGUUACAUUGGUGACAUUAUUAGACACCUGCAUUUAGACAGAAACUGUCGUACAGGCCCGUGGUCUGACAAUAGAACCCCAGCACUACUGACAUUGUGGUCUGGAUAAUUGUUGUAGCAGACUAUCCUGGCUGUAACAGGAUGUUUAGGGGUGUCCCUGGCCCCUACUCUCUAGAUAUCAUUAGCAGCAUUUCCCACAGUUGUGAAAACAAAAACUUCUCCAGAUGUUGCCAAAUGUCCCUGGGAAACAGGGUUAGGGUUAGGAAGAGGUUGGUCAAAUUAGUCCCGGCUGAGAUGCCUGCAAGUAGAUGGAGAAGCAUCAGAAAUCUAAUUACUACAGCCAGGAAUAUGUGUUUGCAGUAAGGAAACCUACUCAGAAAACUAGUUUAGGACACAAAGUCAUUGCUUGGUAAAUAAAUGGGAAUUGAGAAUAAGGCCCAAUCUCCGCGUCCCUGCCUUCAGAGCCCUCAGGGGACAGAAAGGGCUCCUGUUCGUGUUGAGUUCUGUUUUUCAGAGCUUCCACUGCCCUUUUGAGUUCCUCUGAUUGCAGCAACCUUCACUGCAGGCCAGGAGCCUCUCAGAGACUCUUGGGUUUAUUUGCAACUCCAGGCUCAGCCUCUGAUUAUUUUGGUCAAGGAGGUAUGGCCCUUUGUGCACCUGCUUGAGAGUAUAGUCCCUCCUUUCGCUUGUGCUCAUACGGCCAGGAUGUGACAAGCAGUUAAGGGAUUUUUUUUUUUUUUUUUGCAUCAUUUUAAGUGCAGAGGCCCUUUUAUUACAGGAGAACAAUAAUCUGCACUCUAGAUCAAGUCAGAUGUAGAUUCCAUAGAAUUAUAAUUUUUUAAAAAAUAUUUUUGAUCAAUGGUGGUGGGCUAAACAUGUGUCUCCUUUAAAUAGAAUGUUUUACAGGCCUAUGGCAAGUUCUCAGUGUUUGCUAUGCUCAAAAGGUACCAUACAAAAUACAGCCCACAUUUCCUGGAAUGACUGUGUGUUACCCCAAAUCAACCCAUCCUCCUUCCUAUCACCCCCAGAAUAUCAUCUAUGUGUUUUGGCUAUUUGUGAGUCUUGGAUCUGUUGAGUAUUCCAUCACCCAUUAUCUCUUCUUAAGAACGUUUCUUUGGAGUCUUUAUGUUAGUAAACACAGAAUGAGGGCCUAGCAACCGUAAGACCUGCUGUGUGGCUUAGGCUGCCCACUUCGCCUUAUUGGAGCCUCAAAGAGCAGCAUGGCAAACAGCCAGCCACUCCAACCUGUAUCUGAGCUCUAGUGAACACAGCUGUGAGGAGCUUGUAAUGGAAGUGCGUCGUAGCAUGGUGAAUGCCAGGCUCCCGAUUGGGACCCCCGAUUACAUGGCUCCUGAAGUGCUGACCGUGAUGAACGGGGAUGGGAAAGGCACCUACAGCCUGGACUGUGACUGGUGGUCGGUGGGAGUCAUCGCUUACGAGAUGGUUUAUGGGAGGUCCCCAUUCACGGAGGGAACCUCAGCCAGGACCUUCAAUAACAUCAUGAAUUUCCAGCGGUUUUUGAAGUUUCCAGAGGACCCCAAAGUCAGCAGUGAAUUUCUUGAUCUGAUUCAAAGUUUGCUGUGUGGCCAGAAAGAGAGACUGAAGUUCGAAGGUCUUUGCUGCCAUCCUUUCUUCUCUAAAAUUGAUUGGAAUAAAAUACGUGAGUCUCCACCCCCCUUCGUUCCCACCCUCCAGUCUGACGAUGACACCUCCAAUUUUGAUGAACCAGAGAAGAAUUCGUGGGCUUCCUCGUCUCCGUGCCAGCUGAGCCCCUCAGGUUUCUCGGGCGAAGAACUGCCGUUCGUGGGGUUUGCGUACAGCAAGGCGCUGGGGAUUCUUGGUAGAUCUGAGUCUGUCGUGUCGAGUCUGGACUCCCCUGCCAAGACUAGCUCGAUGGAAAAGAAACUUCUCAUCAAAAGCAAAGAGCUGCAGGACUCUCAGGACAAGUGUCACAAGAUGGAGCAGGAAAUGACCCGGUUACAUCGGAGAGUGUCAGAGGUGGAGGCUGUGCUUAGUCAGAAGGAGGUGGAGCUGAAGGCCUCUGAGACUCAGAGAUCCCUCCUGGAGCAGGACCUUGCUACCUACAUCACAGAAUGCAGUAGCUUAAAGCGAAGUUUGGAGCAAGCGCGGAUGGAGGUGUCCCAGGAGGAUGACAAAGCACUGCAGCUUCUCCAUGAUAUCAGGGAGCAGAGCCGGAAGCUCCAGGAGAUCAAAGAGCAGGAGUACCAGGCUCAGGUGGAGGAGAUGAGGUUGAUGAUGAAUCAGUUGGAAGAGGACCUCGUGUCUGCGAGACGACGCAGUGACCUCUACGAAUCCGAGCUGAGAGAGUCUCGGCUCGCCGCCGAGGAGUUCAAGCGGAAAGCGACAGAGUGCCAGCACAAACUGAUGAAGGCUAAGGAUCAAGGGAAGCCUGAAGUGGGUGAAUAUUCCAAACUGGAGAAGAUCAAUGCUGAACAGCAGCUCAAAAUUCAGGAACUCCAAGAGAAGCUGGAGAAGGCUGUCAAAGCCAGCACAGAGGCCACCGAGCUGCUGCAGAACAUCCGGCAGGCAAAGGAGCGCGCCGAGAGGGAGCUGGAGAAGCUGCAGAACCGGGAGGACUCUUCCGAAGGCAUCAGAAAGAAGCUGGUGGAAGCCGAGGAACGCCGCCAUUCUCUGGAGAACAAGGUUAAGAGGCUAGAGACCAUGGAGCGUAGAGAAAACAGACUGAAGGAUGACAUCCAGACAAAAUCCCAACAGAUCCAGCAGAUGGCUGAUAAAAUCCUGGAGCUGGAGGAGAAACACCGGGAAGCCCAGGUCUCAGCGCAGCACCUGGAAGUACACCUGAAACAGAAAGAGCAGCACUACGAGGAAAAAAUCAAAGUGUUGGACAAUCAGAUAAAGAAAGACCUGGCUGAUAAGGAGAGUCUGGAGAACCUGAUGCAGAGACACGAAGAGGAGGCCCACGAGAAAGGCAAAAUCCUCAGCGAGCAGAAGGCGAUGAUCAAUGCCAUGGAUUCCAAGAUCAGAUCCCUGGAACAGAGGAUCGUGGAGCUGUCUGAAGCCAAUAAACUUGCAGCAAAUAGCAGUCUUUUUACCCAAAGGAACAUGAAGGCCCAGGAAGAGAUGAUUUCCGAACUCAGGCAACAGAAAUUUUACCUGGAGACGCAGGCUGGGAAACUGGAGGCCCAGAACCGGAAGCUGGAAGAACAGCUGGAGAAAAUCAGCCACCAGGACCACAGCGACAAGAACCGGCUGCUGGAGCUGGAGACGCGGUUGCGGGAGGUCAGCCUGGAGCACGAGGAGCAGAAGCUGGAGCUGAAGCGCCAGCUCACGGAGCUGCAGCUCUCCCUGCAGGAGCGCGAGUCCCAGCUGACGGCGCUGCAGGCGGCGCGGGCGGCGCUGGAGAGCCAACUGCGCCAGGCCAAGACCGAGCUGGAGGAGACGACCGCGGAAGCGGAGGAGGAGAUCCAGGCGCUCACGGCACAUAGAGAUGAAAUCCAGCGCAAAUUUGAUGCCCUUCGUAACAGCUGUACUGUCAUCACAGACCUGGAGGAGCAGCUGAACCAGCUGACUGAGGACAACGCCGAACUCAACAACCAGAACUUCUACUUGUCCAAACAACUCGAUGAGGCUUCCGGUGCCAACGACGAGAUUGUCCAGCUGCGGAGUGAGGUGGACCAUCUGCGCCGCGAGAUCACAGAGAGGGAGAUGCAGCUCACCAGCCAGAAGCAAACGAUGGAGGCGCUGAAGACGACCUGCACGAUGCUGGAAGAACAGGUCAUGGAUCUGGAGGCCCUGAACGACGAGCUGCUGGAGAAGGAGCGGCAGUGGGAGGCCUGGAGGAGCGUCCUCGGCGACGAGAAGUCCCAGUUCGAGUGUCGAGUUCGAGAGCUGCAGCGCAUGCUGGACACUGAGAAGCAGAGCAGGGCGAGGGCCGACCAGCGGAUCACCGAGUCUCGCCAGGUGGUGGAGCUGGCGGUGAAGGAGCACAAGGCCGAGAUCCUCGCUCUGCAGCAGGCUCUCAAGGAACAGAAGCUGAAAGCCGAGAGCCUCUCCGACAAGCUCAAUGACCUGGAGAAAAAGCAUGCCAUGCUUGAAAUGAAUGCUCGGAGCUUACAACAGAAACUGGAGACUGAACGCGAGCUCAAACAGAGACUCCUGGAAGAGCAAGCCAAGUUACAGCAGCAGAUGGACCUGCAGAAGAACCACAUCUUCCGUCUGACUCAGGGGCUGCAGGAAGCCCUGGACCGGGCUGAUUUGCUGAAGACAGAAAGGAGUGACCUGGAGUAUCAGCUGGAGAACAUCCAGGUUCUGUAUUCUCACGAAAAGGUGAAAAUGGAAGGCACGAUUUCUCAACAAACCAAACUCAUUGAUUUUCUGCAAGCCAAAAUGGACCAACCCGCUAAAAAGAAAAAGGGUUUAUUUAGUCGACGGAAAGAGGACCCUGCUUUGCCCACACAGGUUCCUCUGCAGUACAAUGAGCUGAAGCUGGCCCUGGAGAAGGAGAAAGCUCGCUGUGCCGAGCUGGAGGAAGCCCUGCAGAAGACCCGCAUCGAGCUGCGCUCUGCCCGGGAGGAAGCUGCCCACCGGAAAGCCGCAGAACACCCGCACCCGUCCACACCGGCCACCGCGAGGCAGCAGAUCGCCAUGUCCGCCAUCGUGCGGUCGCCCGAGCACCAGCCCAGUGCCAUGAGCCUGCUGGCCCCGCCGUCCAGCCGCAGAAAGGAGUCUUCCACUCCAGAGGAAUUUAGCCGGCGUCUUAAGGAGCGCAUGCACCACAAUAUCCCUCACCGGUUUAACGUGGGCCUGAACAUGCGAGCCACCAAGUGCGCCGUGUGUCUGGACACAGUGCACUUCGGACGCCAAGCAUCCAAAUGUCUCGAGUGCCAGGUGAUGUGUCAUCCCAAGUGCUCCACCUGCUUGCCUGCCACCUGCGGCCUGCCCGCCGAAUACGCCACGCACUUCACCGAGGCCUUCUGCCGUGACAAAAUGAACUCCCCGGGUCUCCAGGCCAAGGAGCCCAGCAGCAGCCUGCACCUGGAGGGGUGGAUGAAGGUGCCCAGGAAUAACAAGCGAGGACAGCAAGGCUGGGACAGGAAGUACAUUGUCCUGGAGGGAUCCAAAGUCCUCAUUUACGACAGCGAAGCCCGAGAAGCUGGACAGAGGCCGGUGGAAGAAUUUGAGCUGUGCCUUCCCGACGGGGACGUUUCUAUCCACGGGGCCGUUGGUGCUUCUGAACUCGCAAACACAGCCAAAGCAGAUGUCCCGUAUAUCCUGAAGAUGGAGUCUCACCCGCACACCACCUGUUGGCCCGGGAGGACCCUCUACUUGCUAGCUCCCAGCUUCCCUGACAAGCAGCGCUGGGUCACUGCCCUGGAGUCGGUGGUCGCAGGUGGGAGAGUUUCUAGGGAGAAGGCCGAAGCCGAUGCCGCCCGGGACAGUACUAUCUUGGAGCUUCUGCCUGCGUGGGUUCAGAAAUGGCUGGGGAACUCCCUGCUGAAACUGGAAGGUGACGACCGGCUGGACAUGAACUGCACGCUGCCCUUCAGCGACCAGGUGGUGUUGGUGGGCACCGAGGAAGGACUGUAUGCCCUGAAUGUCUUGAAAAACUCCCUGACCCACGUCCCAGGAAUCGGAGCGGUCUUCCAGAUCUAUAUCAUCAAGGACCUGGAGAAGCUUCUCAUGAUAGCAGGAGAAGAGCGGGCCCUGUGUCUCGUGGACGUGAAGAAAGUGAAGCAGUCCCUGGCGCAGGCUCACCUGCCCGCCCAGCCCGACAUCUCGCCCAACGUCUUCGAAGCCGUCAAGGGCUGCCACUUGUUUGCUGCAGGCAAGAUUGACAACGGGCUCUGCAUCUGUGCAGCCAUGCCCAGCAAAGUCGUCAUCCUCCGCUACAACGAGAACCUCAGCAAGUACUGCAUCCGCAAAGAGAUCGAGACCUCAGAGCCCUGCAGCUGUAUCCACUUCACCAAUUACAGUAUCCUCAUCGGAACCAACAAAUUCUACGAGAUCGACAUGAAACAGUACACGCUCGAGGAAUUCCUGGAUAAGAACGACCACUCCUUGGCGCCCGCUGUGUUUGCCUCCUCGUCCAACAGCUUCCCUGUCUCGAUCGUGCAGGUGAACGGCGCAGGGCAGCGAGAGGAGUACUUGCUGUGCUUCCACGAAUUUGGGGUGUUCGUGGAUUCUUACGGAAGGCGUAGCCGCACGGAUGACCUCAAGUGGAGCCGCUUGCCCUUGGCCUUCGCCUACAGAGAACCCUACCUGUUUGUGACCCACUUCAACUCACUGGAAGUUAUUGAGAUCCAGGCGCGCUCCUCGCUGGGGACCCCUGCUCGAGCGUACCUGGAAAUCCCAAACCCACGCUACCUGGGCCCCGCCAUCUCCUCGGGAGCCAUUUACCUGGCGUCCUCGUACCAGGAUAAAGUCAGGGUCAUCUGCUGCAAAGGAAACCUCGUGAAGGAGCCCGGCACUGACCACCACCGGGUCCCCUCCACCUCCCGCAGCAGCCCCAACAAGCGAGGCCCGCCGACGUACAACGAGCACAUCACCAAGCGCGUGGCCUCCAGCCCGGCGCCACCCGAAGGCCCCAGCCACCCCCGAGAGCCAAGCACACCCCACCGCUACCGCGAGGGGCGGACAGAGCUGCGUAGAGACAAGUCUCCCGGCCGUCCCCUGGAGCGCGAGAAGUCCCCGGGCCGCAUGCUGAGCACGCGGAGGGAGCGGUCCCCCGGGAGGCUGUUCGAAGACAGCAGCAGGGGCCGGCUGCCGGUGGGAGCCGUGAGGACCCCACUGUCCCAGGUUAACAAGGAAAAUACCAAACACACCACGGAACUCCGCUGAAGGGGACCGCAGCGGCCGUCGGCUCAGCCGCCCCCGGCACAGCCGGGCCCAGACCCGCCUCGGCACGGACACCCGUCUCCCGGAGGUGCAGGUGGCUGUGGCUGCUCCUCGGCUCUUCCUGCAGUCAUCUUUGCACUUUGUUACUCCUUCAAAGCAUUCAGCAACUUUUGUAAAGCUUUAGCCUGUACCAGUUCAUCAGAGGAAACCAACCGGGACGCCUCCUGACUACGACGUGGUUAGACUCCUAGUUAGCUGCUCUCAGAUCGUAGGCUUGGUUGGUUUUUCUUUUGGUUUUGGUUUGUUUCCGUUUUUUUUUUUUUUUUUUUAAAGACCACGGAAUUCUUAAUAGAUUUGAAUAGCAAUGUAAUUCCUGUUGUAGUCCUUUUUAGCUAGAUCCCACCAUCAGGUCUUUGCCACUGGCACGCAGCGUAGAAGAGUCCCCGUCCGUUGGCUAGCACUCUAGUAGGCUCACUCUCGUUCAAGUCCAUCCUCCUAGCUGGCCCUGUUUUCCCCAGGGCGAAACCGUAGCCGAAUGUUUACUGUUCUCAUUGCCUUUGACGGCCUCAAUGACUUCCCCUCCCACCAGCUGAGAAUGUACAGAGGUCAGCGGAGGUCAGCGGAGGUCAGCGGGCCUCAGCUCGCAGGCAGUGACUUGGGGCCAAGGGACCUCUACAGAGUUUUCCUUCCCUGCCCCUCAGCAUCCUCCCCCAGCCUGCUCCCCACUCUCCAUCGUAGCUGUGGCCAGGAAAGCAUGCUAAAGACUGGCUGUGACGCCAGCGUUAACGGCUCUCGGGGUCGGGGGGGGGGACCGGGGACACCCACCUCCUGUCCGUGCGGGCGCUGGGGUGGGGAAGACCCCCCUCCCGGGAGUUGUGCAUGGCGGUUCCCUGCAUGUGCUGCCCCAGCCUGGCUGCCCCGGCCCGGGUCGCUCUGCCUGUAUCAGCACCGCCCCAUAGCAUAGCCCCCGCCGACUCGAGACCCUCUGACCACUUUGCCAACUAAAUGGCCACACCAAGCUGCAGUCUGUAGCACUGAACAAACAAAACACAAAACGCUCAAGCCUUACGACCAGAGAAGGAUUUCAGCGAAGCACCACGUCACACUCGGCGCCCGCCCGCCCGCCACGCUCCCCUGCUGGCUCCCCCGCGGGCGCUCUGUUCACACACAGCCCAGCACGGUUCUACCCCAGGAAACUGUGACUUCUAGACGAGCCUUUCCCUAGGGCUAGAUCUAAGACCAGGAGGUGGGAGGCAGAGCCGCAGCUCAACUCUCCCAGCCCCGCCGGGGCGGGAAGUCCUCCGGUGCAGUGCGGCUCCCACCCUCUCUCCCUCCCCUCCGGGAGGGUGUGGAAUUCCUGGCAACCGGUACAGAACCAACCUAGAGGCUCUGCAGUUGGCAAGCUAACUAGCGGCCUUACUUCUGCCUUUAAUCUCCCACAAGGCACCUCUUGCUUUGGAUUCUCCAUGACUCUCUUGGGCACGCCUCGUCCACCAAGGCGCACCCUAGGUGUAGGCUAAAAGGCAGACCUGUGUCCACCACAGCAGGCGAACAUGACCGUGUUCUUAACCCGUGUGUCCGCAGUUCAGGUCGCUCUCCAGAUUGCAACCUGGCCCAAACACUGGCUCCUUCCUGCUCGUCUCUUAACCUAAGUGCUUUUUUGUCUGAAACGCCCAUGAACCUCCAUGUUGUAGCGUCGCUGGCAGGUGUCCUGCUGUUGUGUCCCCUGUGUCGCUUGGUGUGUUCAGGGUCCCAUCCCCGCCCCCAGCCCCCUCCCCCAGGGCAGAUUGGACUGAAUGUUGGCCGCAGUUUCUGUCUCUUGGUCCACAAGCGUUUGGAAGGGUCCCUGAGUUUGGUCUUUCAGUCUUGGCAUUUCAUUUAGGCGCUCCAUGAGAAACGGGCAGCUGACGCCCUGACACUGUAUAUUGUGUGUUCCAUCUGUGAAAUGCUUCCCGCUAUAUAGAACUAGCUCAAAAGACUGUACAUAUUUACAAGAAACUUUAUAUUCGUAAAAAAACAAAAAAGGAAAUUGAAUUGGUUUCUACUUUUUUAUUGUAAAAGGUGCAUUUUUCAACACUUACUCUUGGUUUCGACGGUGGUAGUUGUGGCCAGCUGCCCUUCCCAGGAGCGGGGGAGCCCCGUGCGACCACCACGAUGCCAGCAGGGAACACCGGGACACGAAACUGCGUCAGAAGCUUCUUAGCAUAAGUAAGAUUCUAGGUCCCCAGCAGUACAGGCUCUUUCCUCAUUCCCUUUUUUAUUCUGAGCGCAGAAGAGAACACAGGAACAGUUGGAGGACCCACCGUGAGAGGAACGGACCUUGUUGUGGAACAGUAGUGAAAUAAAGCAAUGAUCUCCA